AUGUCGCACAAUGCAACAUCGAUCGACCAGCAUAUCUCCUCCACGCGGACCGUUUUCGACAUACUGUGGAGCUGCCUCUUCGUGAUCUUCGCCUGUACGUGGACAGUACAGCACCUCAACGUCCCGGAGCAACGGGAAGGGAAGGAUCCAGGGUGGAGAGGAGACAUCAAAUGGGGCCGGAAGAGUGUAUGGGAAAGCGCGAAAUGGAUGUGCAUCACCAUUCUUGCUCCUGAGGUGCUCGUGACGCUAAACCUUGGCCAACUGGCUCAGGCAUGGCAGGCCAUGCCCAAGUUGAAGCAAUUUGCCGAGGAGGACAAUGUACCUUGGACGUUGACACAUUCCCUGUUUGCCAAUAUGGGAGGUUUUGUAAUUCGAGAGAACGCGCCUGAACGCGCGGUCGAUUAUCUACAUACUCGCUCUAAGGCUGGUUCUGAAGUCAUGAAGGAGCAGCAGAUCACCCCUUUGGCUGAAGCUAUUCAAAUUGACGAGGUAACAUCACCUAGCAUGCAAGAGCAAGCUAACCAAGGCCGUCGAACCCAACUCAGGCUCGCCAAAUCGACGUUCCUCCUGGCUAACGAGAUUUUGGCUCUGAGGGAACAAGGCAUGAUCACCCUUCCUUAUAUUACUAGGGAAGAGAUCAUGGACAAAGGCAAGAGCGAUAUCUUUGCGCGCAUACUUGCCAUCUGCCAGACACUCUGGCUUGUGGUGCAGAUGAUUGUUCGGGCAAGCCGGCAUCUAGAAGUCUCUCAGUUGGAGAUUGGUACCGCAGCUUUCGCCAGCUGUGCAGUAACUGUAUAUGCCUUAACUUGGCACAAGCCGAAGGGUGUAGGCGUGCCCUGGACGAUAUGUUCAUAUCCAGGGAUAAUCCCCAAAGGGUUUUCAACACUCAACUUCGAGUCAGUGUAUAACAAAUGGUGGGUUCUAGAAAUUCUGAACCCCCCUCCUUCGGGGUCUAGGAGGCGAGAACUCCGAGGUUCCUCGAUUCCAAAUCACCAUCGGUACACAGGAAAAUCUUGGGAUGGUGAGCCAUGGUUCGCCGAUUCUUAUGAGGUAGUUGGAUUCGUUUUGUCCAGCACUACUUUUGGUGCAAUCCACUUCGCCGCAGUCAAAUCUUCCUUUCCAAGCCAUAUCGAAUGGGUGCUAUGGUAUAUGGCAAGCGGUAUUUGCACUGGUGUGUCAUUACUUAUAAUCUCAGCUUUCGUCGUUUCGGCGCUGUAUGCGCAUCUUCGUUACUUUUUAUCGCCUACGGCCAAUUUCGAAGAACAUUAUGUACUUGUAUUGAGAUUAACCGCCAUCUACAGCGUUUUCCCACUCUAUAUUAUUGCUCGCCUCUUUUUAAUAGUGGAGCUUUUUCGGUGCCUCUUUUUCCUUCCACCUUCCGCGUUUGUGGCUACCUGGGUUUCGAGUAUACCUCAUGUAUCUUGACAUUGCCUAGCUUUUAGUUUUAACGUCCGUAGUUAAAUAGCAAUAUUAGUGUUAAUCAAAAUCUUGG